AGCCUGGAGCCAAGGGCUGCCUGUAACAGGAAUUGCAUGAAGCCUUCUGCCAGCGGUUGCAGGCAGUAGCUCAAGCUGUUGCUGGUGCUACUUGGGGGGUGGGUAGAAGAGCAUGUUAGAAACUGGUGUGGGUGUCAGUGUGGAGGGGGAGGGGGGGCAGCUCUGGAAUUCGGCAGAUACCAGCUGUGGGAUCAGAGUGGUCUGUGCAGAGGAGCUGGACCUCGUCCAUCAGGUGCAGAAGCGGACUGGUGAUGCAGGGGCAGUGGUUGGAGCGUUCCCUGUGGUGCGUUACCAUAGAAUCAUGGAAUAUCUUGGGUUGUGAGGCUUCACACAGGACCACCCCAACCCAAUAUGUAACUGCAGUGUCCCCUUGAGCUCCAGCAGCUCAGUGCCGUGCCUGCUGCCCUGGGCAGGCUGUUCCAUGCCCACCACUGGUGCAGAGCCUUUCCCCAACCCCCGGCCCUCCCGUGGCACAGCUCCAUGCCGUUCCCUCGGGCCCUGUCGAUUCACACACAGCAGAGCUCAGCGCUGCCCUCCGCCAUCAGCUCCCCUCGGCUCCUCUGCUCUGUGCCCAGCACACCCAGGGCCUUCAGCCGCCCCUGACGACCUUCGCAGCCCUCCGUUGGGCACUUCCUAAUAGUUUCACGUCCUUGAUUCAUACUUAAUUAAUGGAGGAGGUGGGACGUGCCCAGGUGUCAUGAAAGGCACUCGGAGGACUCAGCCCGGCGGAGUCGCACACGGCCGCCAGGGGGCGCUGUCACAUCCGCCGCACCGCACGUCGCCGCUCUCGGGCCGCCGGCGCUUCCGGGGCGGCUCAGGCCGGGCCGCGGCGGCCGCAGGUGAGUCGAGUCGGGUGCGGUGGGGCUGGGAGCGAUCGGGGGCGGGGGGAAGGAGCGGGCUGAGAGCAGCUGGAGCGGCACGGGGGAGGUCGUGGCGGCGGGAGUGUGUCAGGGCGGGAGUGCUGGGGUAGUGCAUGGUAGCGACGGAGCGAUGAGGAGACAGGAGGGGAGCUGCGGGCCGGCGGUGGGUGAGGGAGGGGGGUGGUGAGAGAUGGAGGGGCUCUGAGGGAGGUCGAGACGCAGAGGGGGGUCCGGAGGGGAAUGGGAGAAACGGAGAAGAAUGUUGGAGUGAGGGAGGUGCCAGAGUACAGGGCAAUGGCGGAGGGAGCGGUGGUUGGUCUGGGGUGACGGAGAGGCUUAGGGGGUGUGAAGAUGGCACGGUGUGGGUUUGGGGUGUGUGCGAGGUGUUUGGGUUUAGGCAGCAGCCUGGGGGUUAUGAAAGUGGCUGUGUGGUGGCAGGUAGGAGGACAGUCAGGAUGCUAGAGAAGUGCUGGGGGGUAAGGUAGAGGCUUAGGUGUCGAGGCCUGGCUGGGGAUUGGGGUGCUGUGUGGUGCCUGGGGGUGUUGGUAGAGUGGCUGAAAAGUGCAAGGGGAGCUGGAAACGGGAGGGGAUCAGCUGCAGCAGGGCAGGAGGGUACAAGGGGUUACUCUGCAAGGGAGUGGUACCAGCUGUGGUACUGACUGGUGUGGGACAAAGUCACAGAGUAGUGGCUGGCGGCUACGAGGUGAGCUGGGGAGAGGAGAAGUGCUGGUAUGCAGUGCACUGGCCAGGGAUUGGUAUUGGCAGGGGUGCAUCACCUGGCUUGGGUAGAGCUGUGGGGACUGAGCUUAUCUGUCUUUCCCCGUAGGAUGCAGCGGUGGCCAGUGCUGCUUUUCCUGGCCUGGGUCUGCUUUCUCUUCUUCUCUGGUAUUGGGCUCUUCAUGAGUGGCUUCCUGCUCACCCGUAUUGAGCUUGCCAACAGCAGUUCCUGUUCAGACCCACUCGUACCACCACCGUGGGACAAGCAGAGCCUCCCACCAGGCUCCUGUUGGGUGCCCCGGCGCUUUCCCAAGGUCGUGCUUGUUAUCAUCGAUGCUCUCCGUUUUGAAUUUGCCUUGUUUAACCCAGCCAAGGUCAACCCGUUGCCCUAUGAGAAUAAGCUGAGUUUUCUGCAUCACCUGGCAACCUCUCAGCCCCACCAUGCCCGCCUCUACCGCUUCGUAGCUGAUCCCCCCACUGCCACCAUGCAGCGCAUCAAGGGCCUCACCACCGGGUCACUGCCCACUUUCAUUGAUGUGGGCAGUAACUUUGCUACCUAUGCGAUCCAGGAGGACAACCUGCUGGCACAGCUGGUGCAGAAUGGAAGAAGAGUGGUCUUCAUGGGUGAUGAUACUUGGGAAGGACUCUUCCCAAAGAAGUUUUUCCGCUCUUAUUUUUUCCCUUCUUUCAAUGUGAAGGAUCUUCACACUGUGGACAAUGGGAUCUUGCAGUAUCUUUAUCCGACUGUGAACAGUGGUGAGUGGGACUUGCUGAUUGCUCACUUCCUUGGUGUGGAUCACUGUGGGCACAAACAUGGACCUGACCAUCCUGAAAUGGCCAAGAAGCUUACCCAGAUGAAUGAGAUGCUGAGGUCCUUGGUGGAUCACUUGGGGAAUGACACUCUCCUUCUGGUGGCUGGAGAUCAUGGCAUGACAGAGACUGGAGACCAUGGUGGUGACAGCCAGAGGGAAGUGAAUGCAGCACUGUUUGUGUAUAGUAAAACACCUCUGUUUGGCACUGACCCUCCUAAGGAACCUGAGGCCAUUCCCCAGGUGAACUUGGUGCCCACUGUGGCCCUGCUGCUGGGUGUGCCCAUUCCUUACAGUAACAUUGGGGAAGUGAUGGCUGAGCUGUUCUCUGGGGAUGGUGACACUGUGUCUGAAGCUUUGCAGCAGCUCUUGGUUUAUCACAUCAAUGCCAAGCAGGUGGACCGCUUCCUGCACUCCUACUCACUGGUGGCUCAGGACCUGCCAGCAGAGCAGCUCCAACACCUGCAGGAGCUCUUCUCCAGCGCUGUAGAGGAGCACAUUCAGCUCUUGGCCCAGAUGCAGAGGGCAAUGCUGAUGUCUCCGGAAUUGGAGUCCAAGCUCAGAAGCCUCAUCAGCCGCUUCCAGCUCUAUCUGCGGCAGGCACGAGCUGUGUGCACCCAGUCCUGGGCCCGCUUUCAUCCUCUGCGUAUGGUGGGAGGCUGCACCCUCAUUGCUGCUUCCUGCUUGCUCUGCUAUGUGGCCUCAGAGCUGGCCACAGUGUCAGACUCUUUCUAUCGCAGUUGCCUCUUGUAUCCCCUGCUCUGGGGGCUGGUGACAGCUGUUCUGCGUGGGCUAGCCUAUGUGUUCACCCAGGAGGAGCUGGAUCUUCUCCUGCUGUUGUCUUCGGCAGCUGCAGCAUCUCUACUGGGCUUUUUCUGGCAAUGGUGGGGCUGGCAUCCCAAGCGAGCCCGUUUGUUGGGCAGCCAACCACCCUUGGCCAGCAUUGGUCUGAGGCAAAGGCUGCGAGUGUGGCUGGGGCUGGCCUUCCCCAUGGGCAUUCUCCUUUUCCGCUGUGGAGCUAUGUUCUCUGAUAGCUUUGUAGUAGCUGAGGCCCAAGUUGCCCCAUUCCUGUUGGCUUCACUGGUAAUGUUGCUGAUAGGAAAGCUCCACUGGGAUGGUCGUCUGACUGUGCCAGAAGGCCACAAACAGCCUAUUGGCUUUUCCUCUUACCGUAAAGAAAGCUGGCACCUGCUGUGCCUUGUGACUGUGCUUCUGGUUUGCCUGCGACUCUCUGGUUUCUUCCACCAGUGUCGUGAAGAAAUCCCUCACUGUCGGCCCUCUGUUUUCCUUCCACCCCUUGCCAGCUUGAGAAACACACGGGCCAAGAACCUCUUCUACCUCUUAUGUGUGGCCUUGCUGGCUGGGCUGGUGUAUGCAGUGCGGAGCUGGUUGCGACACUACGGCAAUCUGAACAGCUCAGACCCCGUUGUGCUCUUUGUACGCUGGGGUUUCCCACUGGUGGUCCUUUGCAUCGCCUGCUACUGGGCUGUUGCCUCGAGUGCUGAGGACUCUCUGGGCAAGCUGCAGGAGCUGGUACAAGUGGCAGUCAUUGCCUUUCCGUGGGCUGUCUAUGGAUUAGCGUCUAUUGGGUUGCUACUCUUGCUGUGCCAUCCCAUGACAGUGUUUGCAAAGGACUCACGGGAAUCUGCAGGAUCCAUUGUCACUCCCUACCAGGGGAUUCCCAGCUCCAAAGUUGACUUGCUCCAGGUCAUCCCUCAGAUCUACAAGAGGAUGCAGGAGUCUGAGAAGAGUCGCCUGGAACGGCGCAGCUGCAGGGCCACAGUCGCAGCCUAUGGGCUAGGCAGUGUGUACUCAGCUGCCCUGGUCGUAGCACUUACCCUCCUGGGCUUCCUCUUGAUGCUCCUGCACGCUGAACGGCUCAGUCUUGCCUUCCUACUCCUCUUCCUGGAGGCCUUUGUGCUUCUGCACAUCCACACACGUGCCAGAAGCCUUGCAGGAGACACUGAGCCUUUUUCAGUGCCCUGGUUUGCAGUCAUCUCAUGGCUCCUUGCUGCUUCCCAGUUCUUCUAUUCCACGGGCCAUCAGCCUGUCUUCCCGGCUAUCCACUGGAACGCAGCCUUUGUGGGCUUUCACCUCGACCACAGUACAAACCUCCUUCCUGCUGUCCUGGUGGGCGCCAACACGUUUGCCUCCCAUAUCCUCUUUGCAGUUGGCUGCCCUCUGCUCCUGCUUUGGCCCUUUGUGUGUGAGAUGCCCAGCUCACAGAAGAAGAAGUCCAAGAGGGAGUCUCAGGAGGAGCUGCAGACGGUGGACAAACACAUGAUGGAGAUGAGGCUGCGGGAGUCCCCAGAGAAGUUCUCCACUGCUCUGCUGCAGCUGGGGCUGAAGUAUCUCUUUGUCCUUGGGGCACAGCUUCUGGCCUGUGUGUGUGCGGCUGUGAUCCUCAGGAGGCACCUCAUGGUCUGGAAGGUCUUUGCCCCAAAGUUCCUCUUUGAGUCUCUGGGCUUCGUGGUGAGCAGCAUCUGCCUCCUGCUGGGGAUCUCCCUGGUGAUGCGUGUGGAUUGUGCCGUUAGCGCCUGGUUCAGCCAGCUUCAGCUCAGGUAGCACCAAAGGUGUGGGGAGCCUGACUUGCUCGUCGGCCAAGGCUGUGGUCAUCUUCCUGAUUCCCUAGCGCCAGGAAGGGUAAAACAGCCACCAGCAACGAGUGCCUGCUGACAGCAGUUUGGGAUUAUCCCUAGCUCCCUGCCUCAGUGUUGUGCAAAAGGACCAGUACCAGCUGUUCCCUGUUCAUCGUGAUGCUCUGCAGGGGGCAUGCUUCUCAGCAAUUGAGGUUGGAACUCUCGUGCAUUUGUUAGCAGCAGGUGGAAGCCAAGAAGCAAGAGUCCUGAAGUGCUUCUCUGCAGAAACAACAGCAGGAUGUCUUGCUACUGCAUUCCCAACAACUGCCCAACUGUGCAGCUAGUAGGCUGCAGUGGUCUGCAAUGUGCCUGGAGAGCAUCAUCUUGUGUGUGCAGCGACACUGACUCACUUGAAGGGGCCUGCUAAGGAGGGAUAGAGAGGAAAGGCUGCUAUAACUCUGCCCUCUUGCUAGGUCCUACAGCCACUACUUCUCUCUGCAUGCUCAGUUUUCAUGCUGGAAACAGAGUGCACAUAAUUAUGGUAGCAGAUGGUUCCUGGGCUCUUGGUUGCACGUGUCCUCCUAUCAGGCUAGUUAUUGCUCGUAAUGAGGCCUCUCCUGCCCUAUCCUCACUCCUGUUUUCCUGAUAUUCCUAAACAGUGCUAAGGGCAGAGUAGAGCAUACUGGGCUGUCUUGGACAGCCUGAAGCAGGCUUAGUUUUUUGUGAAGAUUAUAGCAUGGUAAAUUGUGUCCACAACUGGGAAACUCCACUCGUGGCCUUGGCGUGCAUUGCCCACAUAUUCAGGGCUGUAGCAGCCGGGGCUCUUGGUCUUCUUCUGAGCACAUGCUGCAGGAUGCUUGGUAGAUUGGGAACAGUUAGUUGCUAGCAGGAUGUAGUGACAGAGCAUUUGAGUCAUCCCUGUGUUGGAUCUUGUUAGGAGGAAAGGGGAGUCUCAUGAAGCUAACUGCAAGAUUGACCUUGGUGAGAGCUGAGAACAGCUGCUUGAGAUUUGUGAGCAGGUGACAACUCCUGCAUGGUGGCCUAACCCACUGGUACUCAUGUAUGUGCUGGAGGAGGUUUCUGUCACCUUGAUGGCACCCUAGGCACUGUGGAGGAUGACAUCUGUGAUUCAGUAGCGGGUGCUAUCACCCUCUUGAUCUUGCUUUUCUGCAUGAGGCUUUGAGCUUUAAGUGAGCUAUCUCAAACCUGCUUUUGAGUAUAUUCUUUCAGAUGUAUGCCUGUAUGGGCAGGGGUGGAAGAUGGUGACGAUGGUGACCAUGGUGCCUGGCUGCAUUCCAGCUAAACUCUCCCUGCACUGUUGAUAGGAGCUGGGAUUCCUUACUGCCCUGAACCACUGUGGUGCUAUGAAACUUUUCUCUUUCCUCUCUGGAAAGAGCUGAGGACUGCUUGUUUGAGGUCCUUCCUUCAAUUUUUGUUCUGGUCCCUGCUUAGUUUUUUGACUCAUGCAUCCUAACUGCUCCUGCUUGAGUUCGUCACUCAGUGUGAGAGAGUCUGCCUGUGUAACUUCAGUUUUGUCCUCAUCUCUGUUCUGGAAGGCCUUGGAGAAAGUGUCUAGCCACUUUAGUGAUUGUUUGAGUUCUUACUGUCAUGUCCCAAGUGCCCAGUAGCUGUGGAAGGCAUUCUUUCAGGACAGGUUUAGUUUUGUAUCUUGCCCAACCUGAGUGGUGGUGCUUGCUCAGGUGUCAGGAGGCAAUUUGAGGGAGGCUUACAUUGCUCUAAUUUUGGACUUUCAUUGCUUGGCCAGCUUCUAUCCUACUGCCUCUGCUCUUUCAUCUUAGCUUUAUAUUUCUUCACCUCUGUGGUCUUGUAAUUUCACCUGACAAAAGGGACUGGUUGUAGCUGACAAAACUGCCUUGACUGGGUCACUGCAACUUGGACCCAGCUGUGCUGGUGCAGGGAAGGGCAGUAGCAAGUCGCUGGGAGCUGCACAGAAACAUUACAGCCCACAGUUAGAUAGGCUUAAGCAGUUUCAUCAUCGUUUAGAUAGGUUAUUGACUAUAUACUGUGACUCCUUGGUGGCCAAAGGGUUUUCAGGUAUUGUGGGGUAAUGCUGAGGGAUGAGAGUGCUUUUGUUUGGAAAGAAGGAAAGGGAUGGAAGUAGCAACUAACCAGUGAAUUUUUAUUUAACAUGAUAUUAGAUAAGUUACAAGCCUCCAAGUCUCGACCCCCAUAUGUCUUGUUGUAACCAUAUAACCCAGUCAGGAGCUUGCUGCCUGACUGUGUUUGUGUUGGCAGAAGUCCUUAAGGUCACUAAUGCUGUGAUACUGGCCUGCAAGACCCCCGCUGCUGCAACCCAGGCCCCUGGGCUUUGUUAUCUCCCACCUUUUGGACUAGUUCCUCUUUCAGCAGAUGCCAUCGUGCUGCCAAACCUUCCCAUACCUGUUGUUUAUGUGCAGCAUCCUUUCCUCAGCUCCUUGCCUACAGUGUCAUGGCAACUCUUUGGACCUGCUGGAACCAUAGGCUCAUGGCCUGGGAGGCUGGGGCAGAGCAGAGAGAACAGAGCUGCAGCUCUGUAAAAACUCACACAUCUCACCAGAAAAUGACUGGACAGUGGCAGUCCCCAUUGCAGAGUAUAAAUUUGGACUUUGUUUUAGGCACAUAUUUUAGUAGGUUUGAGCCUGGGUCAAAAGCUGAAGCUCCCUUGAGAGCUUCUGACAAAUCAUUAUGCCUACUCAUGUCUCAGUCUACUCUCCAGAAAUACUGCAGCCUCAUUCCCUGAUUCCUCUUAUAGAGGUACAAGGAUGUAGCUUCAACUCACUUCACCUGAAUUUAUUACUUGCAGUAAUGAAACUGCAAGUACGUAAUUGUCACUGCAGUGAUGCCAAGGACAGAGGAUUGGCCUUAUACUGACUGCUCUGCCAAGGGAGACUGGCUACUACACCAAAGAAUUUAGAGUCAAGAUAAGUUUUCCAAGGGCUGGAGAUGCUUUUAUUUUCUUUCAUUCAUGUGUUUAGUCUUUACUGGCCUUCCCUAAUGGCCUUUAAGCUAAUCAUUUGGCUGCUGUUCUUCUGAGUGUUUUGGGGAUAAGAGUUCAUAUUUGUUCAAAGCUUGAUGACUUCAGAAUCACGACAUGCUGCUGGUGGUGGAACAAACAUGGCUGUGCUUCCUCAUUUAAAACUCCAAAGAGCAUGUGGUGGAAGGUGCAUGUUGGUCCAAGCAGAGGAAACCUGGCAUGCUGGGGGAGAAGGCUCUGCUGUGCGCUCUCACAUUCAGACUGUCACUACAGCUGGCUGCUUCUCUUGUGGAGCUGAAGCAUGCAGAUGGGAACAGCAGCAUCCUGCCCUCUCCUUCCCUCCCUCCUGCCCACCACCUCACCAGGCCCCAUAUUCUUCCCUGAGCAAUUUGGGUUGGAUGUCCUUGGGAGAAAGGCAGGGUUAAAGCAGGCCGUCAUUCCUGCACAUGACCUGGUCUCUUGGUGGCACAAUUCAGCUGCACUGGGCUCUGAUUUUGGGGUGGAAACUUGCAAAGCAGAGCUCCACAGAGACGUUCUGGCUGGGCCAGGUUCUGAGCUCUGACUGAGCUGCAGACCACAGAAUCAUAGAAUGGCCUGGGUUGAAAAGGACCACAGCGAUCAUCGAGU